AUGUCGUACACUGCUACCCACAGCAAUGGCGAUACGUACCGUGGGCGGGACAGCUACUCUCGGCGAAAUGGGGAUGGCCACUACCACCAUCGCACGGAUCGAAUGGGGGGCCUCGGUGCCAACCUACACUCGAUUGACUGGAAUGCAGUGCAACAGGUGGCAUCGCAGUGGAAUUUCUACAAGCCGCAGCUCCAGCGCAGCGAGUCCGAGAUCGCCGAGUGGCUUCAAAAGCAUCACAUCACUAUCUACGGGGAGCGCGUGCCGCAGCCGAUGUUAGAAUUCUCGGACCUGGUCGCGCCCGAUGCGAUUCACCAGGGCUUCCACGACGCCGCCUUCACGGCACCGACGCCGAUCCAGUCCAUCGCGUGGCCGAUUCUGCUGAACUCGCGGGAUAUCGUCGGGGUGGCGCGGACGGGAUCGGGAAAGACGCUCGCGUUUAUGAUUCCAGCCGCCCUACACAUCAUGGCGCAGCCCCCACUUCACCCUGGCGACGGCCCCAUCGUUCUUGUCCUGGCGCCAACCCGUGAGCUGGCGAUGCAGAUCGAGAUGGAGAGCAAGAAGGCCCUCGCGCGGAUCCCAAGUUUACUCUCGACGUGCAUCUACGGCGGGACGCCGAAAGGGCCGCAGCUGCACGCGCUGCGUGCGGGUGUCCACAUUUGCAUCGCCACCCCCGGUCGUCUCAUCGACAUGCUGGAGAUGCGCGCGACGAACCUCCUGCGGGUUACCUACCUGGUUCUCGAUGAGGCGGACCGGAUGCUGGAUAUGGGAUUUGAGGACCAGGUUCGCAAGAUUUGCAGUCAAAUCCGGACGGACCGACAGACCCUCAUGUUCUCGGCGACGUGGCCGGUCGAGAUUCGUAACCUAGCGGCCACCUUUCAGCGCGACUUUAUCCGUGUGCAUGUCGGCUCCGAGGAGCUCACGGCAAACAAGGAUGUGCGUCAGCACGUGAUGUUGGUGGAGCCCAUGUACAAGGAGCAGAAGCUGGUAGAGGUGCUCCAGCAGGUGGGCCCGCGGCGGGUGUUGGUGUUUGUCAAGACGAAACGCACCGCCGACGCGCUUUAUUCGAGGCUAAAACACGCCCUACGCCGCACUGUGCUCGUCAUUCAUGGGGAUAAGGAGCAAUCCAGCCGAGACUACGUGCUCCAGCGAUUUCGCUCGGACGAAACGGCGAUCAUGGUGGCGACCGACGUCGCGGCUCGAGGACUGGACAUCAAGGACUUGGAUGUAGUGGUGAACGUCGAUUUGCCGACCGGGAUUGAGGAUUAUGUGCAUCGUAUUGGUAUGUUAGGGCGUUCCAAAGCGCUUCUUGUUUGUCUUCUUCUCUGGCGUGUACGUGUGUGGGGGGUGAGAGCCACUCCGGCGUACACGACAGAUAAGUGA